AUGUAUUAUUUGAUGGGGAUAAUGAGUCAUUGUGGAUUACGUGCUUAUUCACCGCAUGCAUGCCUUUCUGUUCGAGGUACGAGAAUGAUAUCUCCGGGUCAAGGCUUCAGCUCGUUGGUGAACGCGCAAUCUCGCGACAUUUCCACUCUCAGCGAGCAAAUCGACGAAUUAGACGCGAUCGUCGCGAAAUACGACACUGUGGUGAAAACGUUGGAAACGGUCGAUGAGAAAGUGAAUCAUGAUGUGAUGAUUCCUCUCGGUAAAUUUGCUUUAAUUCCUGGUAAACUCAUCCACACCAACGAAGUAUAUGUACAUUUGGGAGCCGAUAUGUUCGCCCUUCGGUCUUCGAAACAGGCCAUCGAAUUGGCGAAUUUGAGACGCACCAAAUUUUUGCAGAAGUCGGAAAAACUGAAGGACGCCAGAAAACUUUCAAGCGAUUGGAAAUCUACUGCGGAAGAUCUUAGUUCGGAAUUUAUCUCCAUGCCGGACAAAACCCAUGAGCACGUCACUGAAGAAGAAUACGUGAGAUGGAAAGAAAAUCGAAGCAAAAAGCCUGUAUCGCAGGAAGUCCUGGAAAAGAAAGAAAAGGCGAGGAAAGCGGAGGACGACGAAGUGCACAAACGGCUAAUGGAACGAUUGGAUGAAUUGGAGCGGCUGGAAGAGUUAGAAGAUGAAGAGUUUAUUCAGAAACCCCCAGCAGUAGCCUCCAAGAAGCCAGCGGUUUCGCUUCCACAUAAGGAGGAGUUUCCGCCGAGGUCAAAUUUCCGACUUUCCUUCACGAAUUCGGUUCAAAGUGAACCUCCGAAGCGCUCAGAAUCUGACCGUAUUGAUUCACCGGCUGAUAUUCCAUCAUGUGGUCCCGUAAGAAAAUCCAGCUUGAAGCAAAAGCAAGUGAAAACUGCUUCGAGAGCCCGUGUUUGCUUCGGCGAAUCCGUUGAUGUGAAAACCAUCGACAACAUUGCUCGGCGUCCUGCUGCUGAGAUUGCAAACCUAUAUGCCCGCCCAAUGGCUGAACAACCUGUUGUAAUAGAUAGUCCUUCACCUGCGGUGUCCUCUCGCGAAUCACCCCAGAGUGGAGGGAAUGAUGAGCCAGACGCUCCUCGUGUUUCUCGAUUCAAGGCGGCAAGAAUUAAAGCGAAAAGCUCGAACUGA